AUAGCCCAUCGACCAGCCAACAGGGUUUUUCCACAAGCAAGCAAAGAGAGUGCAGCAAACCCCAAGCAAGAAAGAAUAAACAACGUAGAACUUGUAGAAGUCAGCAUCCGUGAGCACUGAAGAACCGUAACAGCAAACCCAACACAUCAUUAUGGCAUCUGAUCAGUCUUCCUUACCUCCAGGUGACCCUAUUUGCCCAGGGUGUCAGGCCGAGGGGUCUCUCCUGCUCCCCUGUGGACACAGUUUAUGCCAGUCUUGUUUACAGUUGUGCCAGCUCGAGCUCGGACAUGAGCAGCAAAUAUGCACAGAGUGUUAUGGACGAGAGCUGCUUGAAAAUGUCCUCACAGGUCUAUUUGACACCAUAUUUCAAGGUCAACCUCGACGGGACAUGACCCAAGCCGAGCUGGGACUAGAGUUGAUUGGGGAAGACAAUGCCAGGGGUGAAAGUGUUACUGCAUGUGCUAGGCAUGGUGAAAGACUGACUCUGUUCUGCAUGGAGGAUGAGGAGCUGAUCUGUAAUCAGUGCCAGGCAGAAGACCACGAGGGUCAUGAAUGUAACAGUACAGAGGAGGCAGCUCAAGAGUGCAAGAGAGAGCUGAGGUUUGCAUUGAGGCCUUUACAAGAGAAGCUGGAGAACUUAACCACAGCCAAGCAAAUCUGCCAAGAGACAGCAGAUCACAUCAGGAGGCAGACCCAGCAUACAGUACGGCUGAUAAAGGCUGACUUUGAGAAGCUACAGCAGUUCCUCCGGGACGAGGAGGCGUCCAUGCUCACAGCUCUGAAGGAGGAAGAGGAGCAAAAGAGUCGCAGAAUGAAGGAGAAGAUAGACAGGCUAACACAGGAGAUUACGUCUCUAAAUGAAACCAUUAAAACCACCGAGGAGGCCAUUGCUUAUGAAGACUUUGAAUUUCUAAAGAACUACAAGAAGGCAUCUGAUUGUUACAGGGUGGAAUGCACACCACAGGAUCUUAAAGAGAUGAGCGGAGCUCUGAUUGACGUGGCCAAACACCUGAACAGCCUCAAAUUCAGAGUCUGGGAGAAAAUGCAGACUGUUGUCACAUACACUCCAGUGACCCUCGACCCCAACACAGCAGAUGCGUGCCUCUCUCUAUCUGAUGACCUCACUGUCCUGCGCUACACAGAUGAAGAGCAGCAGGUACCCGAUAACCCAGAGCGCUUCUGCUACUACGAGUGUGUGAUCGGGUCCGAGGCCUUGGGGACAGGUCGCCACAGCUGGGAUGUGGAAGUUGGCGACAACACAGAGUGGGCACUCGGGGUGGUGUACGACAGUGUGCAACGGAAGGAGUGGUUCCCACCUAGUCCAGAACAUGGCAUGUGGACCAUGUGCCUGAACGGAGGUCACUAUAGGGCACCGAACUCUACCAGCCAGCCGAUCCCAGUUAAGAAGAAACCACAAAGAGUACGAGUUCAGCUGGAUUGGGAUGUGGGGAGGGUCAUGUUCUCAGAUGCUGCAGAUAACACACUAAUGUACAAGUUUAAAGCUAAAUUCACUGAGAAGCUCUAUCCGUUUUUCUCCAACGCAUGUAAAAGGCAUCCGCUGCGCAUCCUUCCUGAGAAAGUGUCUGUGUAUACAGAAUAGCUCAGGAAAGACCACAGAGUGAGUGUUGAGAGGUUGCAGAAUAAUGUCAUAUGUAUUGUUGAUGCAUAUACACCGAUCAGACAUAACAUUAUGACCACCUGCCUAAUAUUGCGUCGGUCCCUUUUUUUUGCUGCCAAAACAGCCCUGACCCAUCAGGGCAUGGACUUCACUAGAUCCCUGAAGGUGCGCUGUGGUAUCUGGCGCCAAGAUUGACUUACAGGACUUAAAAGAUACUUUUAAGACUUUUACUUUACCCCACAGAGCUGCAGAGCUGCAGUUUUGGAAAUGCUCUGAUCCAGUGGUCUAGCCAUCACAAUCUGGCCCUUGUCAAACUCAAAUCCUUACACUUGUCCAUUUUUCCUGCUUCUAACACAUCAACUUUGAGGACAAAAUGUUCACUUGCUGCCUAAUAUAUCCCACCCACUAACAGGUGCCAUGAUGAGGAGAUCGUUCACUGACGAUCUGGCAGUGAAUCAUAAUGUUAUGCCUGAUCGGUGUAUACAGUAAAAUAGGAAGACAGAUAUAAGAAUUUCUGAAAUAUUAUGGUAUAGUGGUAUCUAUUCACAGCAAGUUAAAACUGUAUUUAUACACUGCAUUAGAUUAUAUAAUAAAUGCUUAAUAAUCCUCCUGUAUUGAUCUUAAAAUAUGGAAAAAUGCGGCCUUUACCAUAGGGAAAAAAAAGAAAGAAAACAUGAACCGAACUCAAUCGUAUACUGAUGCUGGGCAUCGGUACUUGUAGUCCUUUACUAGGCGUGAGCAAUAGUCUGAUGAACUAGGUUUAUUACGAUAAAUUCAUAUCAGGAUGCACUUUUCGAAGGAUUUUGUUAUCAGUCAUUUUUAAGUAUCUUCAUUCUUAAUCCUUAACAAAAAUGAAAUUGUAAGAUAUGCACAUGUGGAAUAUAAAAUUUUUACAGAUUAUGCAAUACAAUAGAGAGCUAUACAUGUAGGCGUUAUUUAUGAAUACUAAUUACUCCAUUUAUAUACAAAUAUAUGAACAGAAUUUGUAAUGAAAAGUUAUUGUUGUGUCUGCACAAAUGGAUCACUUCUAAGAUUAAACCUGCUCACUCAGUGUAAUACAUAAAGCCAUUAAACACUAUAGAUGGUAGUCUGGAAUGUUAAACAAAGGUAACAGGAAGCUAUUAUUUUCUACAGUAGUUGACUCUGUUUCAGUAUUAUGAUAAUUGUGCACUAUUUUUGAUGUCAGUUACGCACGAAACAGUACACACUGAAUGUGUACCACAGCAAAGCACUAUUAUGUUCAGACAUGGAGACAGGAGAGAAUUGCAUGCAGAAUAUUUCAUUUGUUUCACGAUCAUUAAAAACAAUAACAAACAGCCUGGAAUGUGUAUAUGUGAUGUGGCAUGGACAUAUACAGUGCCAAAUAUCUACCUGUUAUAUUGUUAUGUUAGGACAAAUAUCUACAAAUGGCAAGCAAUGUACAUUUAUCUUUCUUAUAGUAUUAUUUGUGCACUCAUGUGCACUCAUGAAUGCUCUUUAACUUUGCUUAAGCAAAAUCUAACACGGAUUAACUAUAGCAUGAAUAAGCAGUGAUGAAAUGGCCGGUGUUUACGCUUUAGCUGAACGGACUCUUGAGACAAGUAUAUCCUCACAUAUGCACCUGUCUCUUCUCAUCAGCAGUAACCCUUCUGUAAUCUGUCGCGCCCUUUCCAAGGACUUUUAGCACACAGAGGCAUUUUUAAGUGUUUGUAUUAAAUAUAGCUGAGCCGGGCCAUGAGGGAGGGAAUAUGUCAGCUACUAAAUAGUGAUAAAGGAAGUGAAGAGAGCUUCUGUGUUAUUAUUAUUGUUGGUUUCAGAGAUGAACAAAUUAUAAUUUGCACAAAGCUCCAGUGUGCUUACCCAGUCCCAUGUAUUUUUUCUUGGGGGCUAAAAAAUUGUAGCUAUAAUGUAAUGUAAUAUAUUAUUAAGAUCUAUCUAUCUAUCUAUCUAUCUAUCUAUCUAUCUAUCUAUCUAUCUAUCUAUCUAUCUAUCUAUCUAUCUAUCUAUCUAUCUACAACAUGAUGUAGUUGGCUAUAAACUGUAGUUUUCUCCCUUUGCACUGCAAUUAAAUGUGUCAGGAACUACUGGGACAAUUCCCUGCCAGACCACUAGAGGGGGCAGGUUGCUACAGCUUUUUUUUAACGUCAUGUGGUUAUAUCAUGUGUUUCCCCAUGUAUGUGGUCACCUGUUUCCCAUUAUACCAAAUGUGUUGCCCUAUGUCUAGCUCUCCUUUAGUCAAGUCAUUGUUCAAUAUCAUGUUUGGUUUUUAGGCACUUUGUUACGUUUAUCCAUGUUGUGUCUUUUGUUUCACAUCUUCAAGUAUCCAUGUUUCGUUGAUUUCAUGUCAUGUUUAAGUUACGUCAUGUUGUUAGGUCGCUUUAGUUGAAUAAAAACAAGUACUCUUUUAACCUGCACUUGUGGUGUGAUCGAAUGCUAUGGAAUUUCCAGGUUCGAGCCCCACCUCUGGCGGCGUCUCCCAUCGUGACAAAAUUGUGCUAGCAGGAGAAUUACACCAAUGCCCUGCAUAUCAUUAUAUUUUGCUUAGUUUUGUUAGUGUUUCCUCAUAUCUAUCUAAACUAUCUAAAAAAAAUAUUGUCUGUCAUCAGUGCAUGCUAACUAACCCAUGUACUAAAAUGGGAUGCGUGUGGUGCAUAAG